AUGUCGUUGAAUGGAUUGGAUGACCCAAAGGUCCAGGAAGCCUACGAGGCCGCUGUCGCUGAACCGGGAGGAUGGUUCCUUCUCAAGUACGCGAGUCGCGAUGAAGUCGAAUUACUAGGUCGUGGCUCAGGCGGCGUCGUCGAGGUACGCAACAACGUCACCGAAUACGAAGAAACCAGCCCUCUAUACGGUUUCUUGAGAUACCGAAGGAGGAACGUCUUGAUCAAGUUCCUGCCCGAGGAUUGCUCUCGUCUUAUUCAAGCCAGGGUAGCCGUUCACUUCAAUGCCGUUUGCGAUCGAUUCUCCCCCUACGAUACCAUCUUUGAAAUUACCGAAGCCAAGGAGCUCAGAGAUACCAGGUUGUCGGCAGCUUGCUCUUUGCAUGCCGCUUCGGGUUCCACUUCAUCGUCUACAAGCUCGCUGCGUCGAAGACGAUUAAUGGAGAUUGCGGAGGAGGAGGAGGACGAACAACAACAGCGCGCCACCAAACGCCAGUCAGUUGCUGAGAACGACGAUGACGGCGAGGUUCGGCCAAAAACAGCAAAGACAAGCCACGAACCUGCUCUCCUCGCAGAGCCAGUCACUUUGAACUCGGAGCUCGCUGAAUCUCCAGAGGAAAGUAAAUUCACUGACGCGUCGGAAGUACCCAACUUUGUCGGCGCUGACGAUAGACCUGUUUCAUCCAGUGAAUCUGAGGCUCUUCCGCGAUUGUCAUCACAAUCAGGUCGACCGGAUCUGUAUCCGUAUUCAUCGUAUAAUUACGGCAAGCCAAAAGUUAAGCUUGGCCCCCGCCCUUCGCUUGAAACAAACGGCCGACCUCGUACUGCGGGCUCAUAUCGUCCCGUCUCGCAGAUGCCUUCUGGUUUUAAGCUGUUUGGCAAGGGAUCCAAGAAAGAAAAGAGCAAGGAAGAUUUUGCAACUACCGAGGAUACUCCUACCGAGGACAAGGACACACCGCCUGUGCAGGACGAACUGCAGAUCACCGAUGCAGAGUUCGCCCGACCCACGACAAGUUCUGGAGUUUCGAUUUCUGGUUCCGCCAUCAUACCCGCGCCGCCACCUGCGAAACCAACCAUUUCGCCUGAGAAGGCAAGAUUAAUGAAGGCCAUGAAGCUCCGAGAAAAGAAGAAGAAGGAUAUGGCGGUCGAGGCCGAUGUCUCGUCACCGCCUACCGAAAUUACAGGACCCAGUGAAGGUGGAUCGUCUACAGAUCAUGCUGAAGACAACGAAAAUCAACACGACACUAAAUUAAAUCAACCUUCAAUGUCGAACGCGGAUUCAGGAAUCGGACUGGAUGUUUCUUCAGCCUCUAUGAAUGCUGACCAAUCGUCUGAUCUUGCGCGGACUGAUUCCCACCCUGAUAGCCCUGUCAUUGCAUCGUCUGAACCCGAGAUCUCCACGAAGGCCUCUUCUCUUUCUGAAUCCACCGAUGACACUCUGCACCCCAAAGACGAGGAUGCGCAUGAUCAACAUGAAAAGGAGAACGUUAACAUCGAACAAACCUCAGCACAGAGUACAAAUGACCAGAACGCUGCCACUGUAGCAGUUGCGCCAGUCAGCAAUGCUCCACCGUCGCCUAAGGAUAAGGGGCAACCCGAGGACGCACCCCUCGACCCCGUGCCCGGCGCUGAUACCAACAUUUCGGAAAAGCCAGUAGACGCACCCGCAAACGAUAAUAAAUCCACCACAAUGGACUAUAUCUCAAACGCGCCCGACACUACCGAGUCAUCCGCCAAUAUCGACAAGGCUGACGAGCCUCUGUCUCCUACAACUUCUUCCUUGAAGAUCCCCAAAUCCAAGUUCUCAACGCAGGAUUUGCGAUCAGCAGCGAACGCAGCCUCGUCGUCGGUCUCCAACUCUCCCCCUCGAGAAAUCGAAGAGAACAAGCCAACCAUUGUCACUCAAGAAGUUGUGGAGAAGGAGGAAGACGAGGUUGGGGUGUCAGAAACAAAGCAACAAAAGCGCAAAACAAAUAUUGAGCCAAUCAAAACACAACUUACGGAAGAUAAGGACCCUCUAUCUGACGACGAGGACCUCAUGGACGAGCUACACGAUGCGACCCUUCACGAAGCGAAGCCUAUGACUGUUGCUAAGAGCCCAGUCACUCCAGUGUUCCCCAGCCCAACCAAGAGUGAACGAUCUCCUGUCAUCUCCCGAACUGUCUCGAAUCCUGUACACGGCAAGCUUCUCGCCCCUGGCGAUGUCACUACAAGCUCGGCACGAUCUGUCAGCUCUGGUGGCGCUGCUUACUUGCACAAGAUUGCUCAGCAGCCGGGUGGCCCAACCCUGAGCAGAAAGGGCACGGUGGGAUCGAGUAUUUCACAGCGCAUCAAAGCUCUCGAAAAGCUCUCAGCUAGCACUGGCGAGACCCUUGCCCCCGCCCCUACUGCUUCUGCUCGGGAGAGACCGUCUUCGGCAUUCUUCUCUGUGCGAAAAAGUCGAGAGCCGUCUCGGUCUCCGUCCGUGGUAGACCGGACCAGCUCUAUCAACCGUGCAAACCUCCGAACACCCCCGUCGCGAUCCGGCUCACGCGAUGAGUCACCCGAUAGAUCUAGACAACAGACACGCAGAGGGCGCUCAACAUCGGUGGCCAGUCGCUUGUCCGUGUUCGAAGCGAACCCCUUGGAAAAUGAUGGCUCCCCUGGUUCAGAAUCCAUUUCGGUUACUGCCAGGAUAGUCCGCGAUCCAAGCCAGAACGCAGCCAAAUCGCUCGAGCCCGCUAAAGACCUAUCCGAGUUCAACCCCGUGGAACUUCAGGAGUCCCCUUUGUUGGUAGAUCACCAAAGAGCAUCGCCCGUCUGGUCCCCUCCAGCCUUUCAGCCGCCAAAGGAAACCUUAGUUGAACGACGGAUGUCAAAGGACGAUAACAACGGAGACAAAGAGGACCAAUCUAGACGGUCUUCGCUCAGCGUAGUCAGAGACUUUAUUAACGACCGCCGCAAAUCCCUCACAUCUCCUUCGUCUGAUAUCCUUCCCAAGAGCUCUCAAUCUCCAACUCGCCCACCCUCGACCCACCAGGGUAAGCGGCUGUCAAUUAGCAGCCGUCGGUCAUCCUUCAGCCGUGAAAGAGAAAACGUGCUUUCUCCUUCAGCUACCACCGAGAGCUCCGUAUCAGGCGAUGAGACCAAGUCCAGUGGCGAAAAGAUGAAGUCUCGAGCUGGUCGAUUUAUGCGUCGCCUCUCAUCUCUUUCUAGUUCUCGUGGCAAGACUACACCACCAACUGUUCUCUCACCAACCGUACAAGAGGAGCACGUCCGACCUGCGACAACUGGUCCCCCAUCCAUCGUUUCAUUUAUGGGAGACGUCAAUGUUCAAUUUCCUGAUAACUUGCUCUGGAAACGACGCAACAUGUGCCUAGACUCCCAGGGCUUCCUUAUUUUGAGUGCGCUCCCAUCACAGAGCAGCCGUACUGCCCAGGGUACCAAACGCUACCACCUGAGCGAUUUCAGAGCACCAUACAUUCCCGAUGUUGAGGUUCAAGAGCUCCCCAACAGUGUAGUAUUGGACCUCGUCGACGGCAGCAGUGUGCAGCUUGCAUGCAUGGACCGUACCGGGCAGGUCAGCAUUCUUAGCACCCUCCAAGAAGCCCAUGCCAAGCAUGCGACGCCGUUCGCGCUGUAG